UUUGUAAUAUUUAUGGGACAACACCUACUCUAAUAGACCAUUUCAAAUACUUGCAGAAAUAAUAGAGACUGCAUUGUAUCGAUCUGGAAUGGAUAUAACUGAGCAGCCCUCUGAUGAUCCAUUAUCCUUUAUGGAACCAUCCAUGGAGAAAUUUGUAGAAGAUCAGUACCAAACUAGGCAGGAAGAAACACUGUCAGCCACAUUGGUCAGCAACGGUUGUGUUGACUUUCAAGGUCGAAUUGCAGACAAGCGAACUACUGGAGGAUGGAAAGCCUCUCCAUUUAUUAUUGCGAAUGAGGUGGCAGAAAGGUUAGCAUUUUUUGCAAUAGCAGUGAACAUGGUGGCUUAUCUGGUGUUUGAAAUGCAUCAGUCGCUUCCAUCUGCUGCUACUCAUGUGACGGAUUGGGUAGGAGCUGCCUAUGUUCUUACAAUCCUUGGAGCAUUUCUAGCCGAUGCUUAUCUAGGCCGAUUCAAGACCAUCAUCGUCUUCUCUUUCAUUUAUGGAGUGGGGAUGAUACUAUUAACACUGUCAGCCACCGUACACACCCUCCGUCCUCCACCGUGCGAGGCCUUGCCAUGCGUAAAAGCAACUGACAAACAAAACACAUUCCUUUUCUUCGCAUUAGCCCUGAUAGCCCUUGGCACGGGUGGCAUCAAGCCAUGUGUAUCAUCAUUCGGGGCUGACCAAUUCGACGAGGCAGAUGACGAAGAAUUUACCAAGAAAUUUUCAUUCUUCAAUUGGUUCUUCUUUGCCAUAAACAUGGGAGCAAUGCUUGGAGUAACGGUUUUGGUAUAUGUAAAAGAAAAAAAAGGAUGGGGAUGGGGUUUCGGGGUGCCGACCGGAGUUAUGAUUGUCUCUAUCAUCAUUUUAGUUGCCGGGACACGUUAUUAUCGGUUCCAAAAGCCUAUGGGGAGCCCUUUCACAAGGUUUCUUCAAGUCAUUGUGGCGUCUGUAAGAAAUCAUCUUGGAGGAUUUAAGUUGGGAAGUCAAAUCCAGCUAUAUGAGGUUAAUACUGAAGAAUCUGAUAUUAAGGGUGCUCGCAAGCUUCCACACACCAACCAAUAUAAGUUCUUGGACAAGGCAGCAGUUAUAACAGACUCUGAACUGAACACAAAGAAUCGAUGGAAACUCUGCACAGUGACACAAGUAGAAGAAUUGAAAUCCAUAAUCAGAAUCCUCCCAGUAUUUGCAUCCACAAUUGCUCUUUCCAUCUCCUUUGCUCAACUUGCAACCUUUUUCACCAGUCAAGCGACCAUUAUGGACAGAAAACUCACCUCUAAUUUCACAAUUCCUGCAGGCUCCGUCACCGUUUUUAGCACCAUCAAUGCUCUCAUUCUUGUACCCUUAUAUGAGAAAUUGAUUGUCCCAGUUCUUCGUAAAUACACAAGCCAUCGCCGGGGCCUCACAUCAUUGCAACGCAUGGGUGUUGGCCUAUUUGUUUCGAUUUUCGCUCUAGCAUCUGCUGCUCUGGUGGAGAAAAGGAGACGCGACAGCUCUAGCCUAUCAGAAAUGAGCGUGUUUUGGUUAUUUCCACAGUAUUUUUUAAUAGGCACAGCAGAAGUUUUCACCUAUGUUGGACAACUGGAAUUUUUCUACGAUGAAGCAACUGAUGGAACUAGAAGUAUAAGUAGCGCAUUGUUUUUGUGUGAGAUUGGGAUUGGAAGUUGGUUAAGUACUGCAAUAGUUAAGAUCAUUGAAAAGGCAACUGGUGGAGAAGAAAAGGGAUGGUUAAGAAAUAAUCUAAACAAAAGUAAACUGGAUUAUUUCUACUGGAUAUUGGCUGCCAUUAACGGAAUAAAUUUCUUAGUCUAUUUGUGGAUUGCUUGGCGUUAUAAGGGUAGAGGAGGCGCAAGUGGAAGGGUGAUGGAUGAGCAUAUUGCUGAGAAAAAUGAUGAUAGAGCAGUGAAACAAGAGAAUGAUAAAAGCAUAGCCUUCUAGCGAAAUUGCAAUUACCUUAACUGGAUUCAACAUGUAUCAAUCAAGUUUAUUUACUUGUUCAAUAUGCGAUCUUUCUUUUUUUUAAUAUGGAAUCUUAUUUUCAUGAAUCUAAAGUUUUUCCAAUGAUAUAUUUCAA